CGUCUUUGCCGAUGAACUUAUUGGGUUGGUUUAUUUAUUCCCUCCCGCCAACCAACGAGAGAAUCGCGGGCUGCGCUGUUGAGAGUCGACCGCUCAAACGUACGACGAGUCAAGUCGUCGCAUUGUCCUGUGUUCAUCCUCAAAACUGGAAUCAAGUUGCUCAUUACUUCCGCUGUUGUUAUCGUUCUGGAUACCGUCAACUCCUUCACCGCGAUGUCCACACCCCCCCCGCCCGAGGACGCGACACUCAGCAGCGUCCGGUCUGCCCUCCGUCACAUGUCAUAUCUCAAUGCCGGUGAGGGCAAGGAGAUUCACAACUUCUUCGGCAACCGUGUGCUCGAACACACAACCUCAACAGGAGCUGUCCUAGCCAUCAAGGUCAAACCCCCCGAAGGAUUAGACCGUUCCGAGGGCGACAUGAUGCACUACGCCGCAACGCACGGCGUGCUCGCCCCGAAAGUGCAAGGCGUGUACGACAUCAUCACAAAGAAGCUCCUGGCAAGGGCGAUCGUCAGUGAGCUGGUGCGCGGUGUACCUCUCGUCGAUGUGUGGAUGGAACUCAGCGACGCACAAAAGUCAAGCAUCAAGGACCAGCUCCGCACUCAACUUUCCAAAAUGCGCAGCUGCACGCAACCCUUCAUCGGCCGGGUCGGCCGCCAGCACACGCGCAACAUCUACGACCGCCUCCAGCAAACCUAUUGUGGGCCCUUCGACGACGAGAAGCAAUUUGACGAGUGGUGCUUGGCGCGUCUCACCGGAGGUCCGCUCGUCCGCUGGAAGUGGAAGCGCGUGCUAGAGCGGGAGCGGCGCGCCUCGUCCGGGCGCUUCGUCCUGACACACGGCGACUUGACGCCGCGAAAUAUCCUGGUCCAAGACGGUGUCAUAACCGGCAUCGUGGACUGGGAGUAUAGCGGCUUCUAUCCUGAGUAUGCCGAGUUUGCAUUUGCCAUGGUGCUCUGCCAUUCGCACGAGAAGUGGUGGCUGCCUGUUCUGAAGGAGGUGUUGCAGCCCUGCUCCGAUGAGAGGCUCAAGUUCACGCGCUUGGUCGAGGAUAGGGGAUUCUGAGGGUCGAGGCAAUUGAUGAGGAUGGGAGAGAUUGCCCAUUCUCGUCUGGUGGAAACGUUGUCGAAAUUAGGUUAUGCCUCCGUGAUCCCGGGCAUUCGGUCCUCGGCAGUCAUGCGCUCAUUCCAGAUUUACUCUGAUACCGCUUCGAAUUUCCUUGAACCACGUUAUGUGAAGGUCAGUUUUCUAUCUUUCUCUUCGAUGAACAAGAUAAUGUUCCCGGGAAUCGACCCAGACAAGAAAAGCCAAAAAAAAAAAAAAAAAAAAAAAAAAAAAAAAAUACUCAACACAACAGAUCUUACGCGUAUAUCUCUGCAGCCUCGAGGAACGGCU